AUGCGAGCACCCAAUUAUCGUGGACACUCCAGGGCAACAUUGGCAUAUCGACGCCCAGCUGGAUGCCCUGUAAGCAUCCUUUAACCUCAGGCCUUUCGCGUGGGACCCAUCCCUACUCCUCUCCCCGCCCCAAGCCCCCCACACCCACCGACAUAGACAGUGCCCGAGUCUCCUACGCGCGAGUCGUAAGAGAGACAGACCAUUGGAGCGUUACGUCGAAUAUCCGGUUCAUGCGGUGGUUGCAGCCAGUGGAACGCACGCAUCACUGAAUUAAUUAAAGAUGCGCGCGGUGCGAUUUUUGGUACCUAGAACAUGAUUUUGGCCACUAGAUGUGACCAUCAAGGUCUGGCGGUCCACGCGAUAGACGGAACAGUUUACGUGCAUCGGAAUCGGUCAAGGUUCGGUCUUCUUGAAGGGUUCCAGGGGGUCGCAAGUGGCCCGAUGAGCACGGCGAAGUUACUGCUUGAAUUCGCAAAAAAAUGAUUUUUUAACGGGAACCACGCUCAAAGUUACGCGUUGGAUGCCUGUUAUUCGGUGGAGUUCGUCUUCUUUAAUGGCGCCAUAAAACAAGGCGAAGGAUUUGGGGGGGCAUAGAGGAAUACAUCCGACCCAUUAAAACGCCUGUAUUAAUCCAGUGCCACCCCAAUGUCAAUAUGCGGGACAAUUUAUCUGGGUCGGUGCCCUCCCCCCACCUCCCCGAGGACAACCGUGACAACUACCCCCCGCCUCUCUAUCUUUCUCUCUCUGCCGUCUCCCCGCCACCUCCCCCCCGAUUUGUGGAACUAGACUGUCGGCGAUGGUCCCCUGUCGCUAGGCCGCGGUCGCGUACACGUUAAACGACGGUUGAGAUCUCGUCCAACCCGAGUAAUGUCACCGGUGGGUGGGUUAGAUACUUCGCCACUCCGUCGGGGAGUGGGAGCCCUCCACUGAUGCAUCAGUAUCAGCGCCCCUCCGCCGUUCCCCGGCGAUGAGGGCGAGGCUAUUGACGGACCUACGACAGAUAUAGACGGCCCUCGCCGUCGUCGUUUCGGACCGGCUUCCACCGGCUGGGGGCGAAAGCUGGUCGCCGCCGGAAAUUAGGCACCGCCACCGCCCGCCCAACCCCUCGCACAUUCCACCGUUCGGACCCUGACCGGGGCCUCCGCCGGCUGCGGCGGGAUCGCCGCCGCUGAGGAAAACAACGUGGCGUCAGGGGGGAAGGACUGCGUCCAAAUUGCUGAGACUGUUCGUCAGAUUCCGGAGGGCGUGGUUCCCUUUCGACGGCGCCGCCAAUUUCUUAAAAAUCGCUUCUUGAAAUCUCGGUUGCGCAUCCAGGGGGGCGCCGGGGGCGGCGUCGGCUGCCGACGAGAACGUGGGGACGCCGCCGACAGGUAGGCGGUGGCAGUGGUUGGCGGCGCGGGCCCCACUAUCACCCUCCUUCCUGGUCCUCCACUUCCCGGUUUGUCCGACCCGAUUUUCGACGACCUUUUUAUUCUGAUGGAGAUCAUGUCCAGGACUCGUUACUCAUCACGUGCGUGCAUCCCAACCCACGUGAGGUGCCAGCCGUAGUGGUUGCAGCCUCCUCUUAAAGGAGGAGCCGAAGAAAACAAUGCCAUCCCUCCCCCCCCCCCGCGGCCGACGACUUCUGUGAUCCGCCGACGCUGGUCUGAGCCGUUCGAUGAUAUUCUCGAGAUUCGAUCUCCACCGUCGGAAUGAUCUGGCCGCCGAGUCGGCUGCUCAUUCAAUGCGCCUCCUCAGAUCACGUGGCAGAGGUGUACGCAAACAAUGGCCGAUUGUUCCCUCGCUGGAAGCUAGGCGUCGUCCACGUGUGCGAUCGCCGCCCGAGCGAGCCUGCGGGAGCCACGCGAGCCUGGACGUCCUCCGGGAGCAAUCGUCGGUGAGGCUGCUGCUCCUCGUCCGUUUGAAUUCCUGGGCCUAGAUUCUAAGGUGCUCGGUGGCCUGAUAACAUUCUAAGGUUGCCGUGCUUUCAAUUCUAG